GAAUCCAUCCAUCCAUUUUCUUUACACCCUUGUCCCUAGUGGGCUCAGGAGGGGUGCUGGUGAAUAUCCAGCAAAACAUUUCAGGCAAGAGGAGGGGUUACCCUGAACAGGUCACCCAUCCAUCACAGGAAAACACAGAGACAGACAGGACAAACAACCACACACAUGUACACUCAGACCCAAGGAGAAUUUAGAUAGACUAAUUAACCUGACAGUCAUGUUUUUGGACUGUGGGAGGAAGUCGGAGUACCCAGAGAGAACCCACCAAGCAAAAAGACCCUGAGCCUGGAAUUGAACCCAGGACCUUCUUGCUGCAAAGCAAUAGUACUACCUACUGCACCAUUGUGCAGCCCAGCUUCUGGAUCUGAAAGCAAAAAAAAAGUGUCUGACUCUUCUGAUAUUCAGCAGAUAGUCUCAUUUUACAGACUUUGUUUGUGCAUUCAAUUUUAUUUAGAUAAUAAAAGAGCUUAGGUUCCAUUUGAUCAACACAUUGACACCACAAGCAUGACCUUUUACUAUAAAACCACUGGUUGUUCUAAAUUUGAGUUUGUUUUGUCUUUUCUUCUCACUGGUGGCUCUGGUCCAUGAUGAGUCAAGCCCUGCCUUGCCUUUGUAGAAGAAACUCUGCAGGGCAUGAAGAAAGAAGAGGAAACAAGAGCAGAUGUGGCCUAACAUUCCUCCUGAGUUGUGCCCUGGCUUGUAUCCCAGCAUACUGCUGCAGCUCUGCUAGCUGUUCCAGCCAUGUCAACAGCACAAGGGCAGACCAGGAGGGUGUGUCGUUAACUCAUGGAGAGGUUGAGUCUUGGGAGGAGACAAAGGAGGAGCUUGAGCAGACGGGGGAGUCCAGUGGAAAAAGGGGCUGGAGAGAAAAUACCCUGCAGGCUGUAGUUUGAUGCUGGGGUUUUCUGCCACAACUCUUAUGUGGUGACAUCCAGCACUGCUUGUCUUCUUCUCCUUACGGAUCUGAACUUGUGGAAGACAGAAAAGCAUUAAAAAGGGCUGCAUGCUGCAGAAAAAGGAGACGUAAAGAGCAAACAAAAAAGAAGAACCUGGUGAGAGGGCAAGAAUUUAGAUAUCUGAGAAAGCUUAAGCAAGUUACAGCACCUCAAAUUAGUCAAGAUGGCAACCAUGGAAGCACUGGAAUCCUCAAGUGCCAUGCUGGAGCCUCAGACCCUGACUGAAGUCUCCGAUGAUGAGCUCAAUCUGCCAGCUUCUGAUGAAGAAGAUAAUGCCCUUGCUGCCGCCAAGAAAGACCUGCAUGCCAUGGGCACAGAGGAAGAGAUGAACGAAGACAAGGAUGAGGUUCAAGCGUCAGACACGCAAGUAAAUGGCGUGAUGGUUCUGUCUUUGCUUGACAAGAUCAUCGGCGCAGUGGACCAGAUCCAGCAGACCCAGAGCGGGCUGGAGACCAGACAGCAGGAGAUGGAGCGCACGGUGACCAGCAUCCAAGGAGAGCUGACCAAGCUGAGCAAGAACCACAGCACCACGUCCAACAGUGUCAAUAAGAUGAUGGAGAAGGUCCGCAAGGUCAGCAUCAACGUCAAGACCGUCCGAGCCACGCUGGAGAAGCAAGGCGGCCAGAUAAAGAAGCUGGAGAACAACGAGGCAGAGCUGCUGAAGAGGCGCAACUUUAAAGUCAUGGUGUACCAGGAUGAUGUGAAAGUGCCUUCAAAACUCAGCAUCUCCAAGUCUUUGAAAGUUUCUGAGUCUGUGUCAGGAAGCAGAGGAGGCAGUCUGCUAGAGCUCAAAGAGGCUGUGGAGGAACCUGGAGAAGCAGCAGAGGGCGACAAGGAGGACAAACCCCAUGUAGACCUUUCCUCAGAUGAAGAGGGGGUGGAAAUUGAAGACACCAUUGAGGAGACCCGAGCUGAACGCAUCAAGCGCACCAGUCUGCAGCGGGUGCAAAACCUGAAGACCGUCUUCUCCAAGGAUAAGAUGGAUAAGACCAGAGCAAAGACCAAAGAGAACCUGGAGAAGACCAGACAAAAAACCAAGGAAAACAUUGAAAAGACAAAGCAGAAGACAAAGGAGAACCUGGAGAAGACCAGACAAAGAACGAAGGAAAACAUUGAGAAGACAAAGCAGAAGACAAAGGAGAAUCUGGAGAAGACACGUCACAACAUUGAAAAGAAGAUGGGUAAACUUGGAACGCGUAUGAGUGUGAACCCUGAGCGAAAACAGAAGAUUAAAACAUCUGGUGACAAGAUGAAGAAGGCCUUUACACCGGACCACGUUGUUUACGCCCGCUCUAAAACCGCCGUCUACAAGGUGCCCCCUUUCACCUUCCACGUGAAGAAGAUCCGUGAGGGUGAAGUGGAGGUGGUCCAAGGAACCGAGAUGGUGGAGGUGUCCAGGGAAGUAGAGCCAAUAGGCGGGGAGGAUGUGGAAGUAGACAACGCCGAGGUGGACAUUGAGAUGGAGAUGGUGAAUGGAGGUGGGGAUCUAGAAGAGCAUGAUGAGGAUGAAGAAGAGGAGAGCCAUGAUGCCUUACACGAGGAGGACGAUGAUGAUGAUAAAGACAGCGACUAAAUAUAGAGCAAAGAAACCUUCAUCCAUUCAGACCAAUUCUUUGUAUCUGCACUGAGAUUUAGGCUUGAUUUGGAUUAAAAAGUAUAUUCAACAAUAACUGCAAUAACUGGGACAGUGAUGAUAUGUAGGACCUAUUUUCACAGGUUUGGCCACCAUUUCUACUAAUGACAGAUGAUUUACAGUGUCUUCUGAAAACACAGCAUUAGCAAUAUCAGUUUGGAUGUGUCCAUCACACAUUUACUUCAGUCUAAUAUUCUAGCACAGUGGUCCCCAACCUUUUUAUUAUCGCGAACCGGUCAAGAUUUGGACAUUUUCCUGCGGCCCCGGAGGGCUGGGGGGGGGAGGAGGGGGGCAGGGGGGAGG